GGAAGUUAUUAUGUUGUGUAAAAACACAUGUGGACACAAGUGAAUUUGUACAUGUGAGGGACUAACCAUGGCUCAAACACAAAACAAUAUCAAGAAAACCUCUUCUAGAGACUUACUGACCUGUGGCAACGGAAAAGGAAUCCAUGAGAAACUUCUGUUGAGCUCUAAAAGUGCUUCAUUGCAGACAGAAAGGGUCCCCAAAAGUAGUGUUUUGAACAGACUGCAAAGUUUCCUUCCCCAAAUCGCCCAAGCCAAUGAGUCUCUAAAACAGCAGAUGGACGAAGCUCCUGCUAGUUUCUUUGACAUUGAGAAUGUGGAGGAUGCGGAGAAAGUCAUCGAGAUGGAUGUGGCUCUGGUUGAGCUAGAGGAUUCGGACAGCAGCGAAGAGGAUGACUCUUCAUCGUCAUCGUCAUCAUCCUCGUCGUCGUCAUCAGAGGAAGACAGCUCAGAUGAAGAGGUGACAACUGUCACAGCAAAGACACUGAAACUUCCAGGUGACAGAAAGAGAAAGGCCAACAUCCAGGUGAUCGAGAAUAAGGGCGAGUGAAAGAACACAUAGAAGAUGUUAGGUUUCGGACUGGAGUCGUGUGGAUUAUAGUGUUUUUAACUUCUGGACUCGCGUUCUGACGGCACCCAUUUGCUGUAGAGGAUCCACUGGUGAGCAACUGAUUUAAUGCAGAAUUUCUCCAAAUCUGCUCUGAUGAAGAAACAAACUCAUCCACAUCAAUGUUCAUUUUUGGGUUGGCUAUUAAAGGAUUAGUUCACUUCCAGAACAAAAAAUUACAGAUAAUGUACUCACCCCCUUUGUCGUCCAAGAUGUUAAUGUUUUUCUUUCUUUAGUCGUAACGUUAAAUAAAUUAUGUUUUUUCAGGAUUUCUCUCCAUGUAUCGUUAACGGACUUCAAUGGUGUCCCCCAAAUUUGAACUUCCAAAAUGCAGUUUAAAUGCAGCUUCAAAGGGCUCUAAACGAUCCCAGCUGAGGAAUAAGAGUCUUAUCUAGCAAAACGAUUGGUUAUUUUCUAAAAAAAAAAUUACUUUUUAACCUCAAACGCUCGUCUUGUUUAGCGCUGUGUGAACGGUUGGUCGUGACAGUUAGGGUACGUCUAAAAACUCCCGUCUCAUUUUCUCCUCCAACUUAAAAAUCGUCCUACAUCGCUGUUUUUACCUCUUUUUUUUUUUUUUUGUAAAGGGUGUUUGAUCUUCUUUGUAUGUUCACUUUGUAAACUCUGGGUUGGUACUUCUGCAGCGAUGUAGGACGAUUUUGAAGUUGGAGGAGAAAAUUAAUUGGGAGUUUUUAGACGUACCCUAACUGUCUUGACGGACUGAGCGAGACGAGACAAGCGUUUGAGGUUCAAAAGUAUAUAAACUGUAUUUAAAAAAAAAAACAAAAACGAUUGUUUCGCUAGAUAAGACCCUUUUUCCUCACCUGGGAUUGUUUACAACCCAUUGAAGCUGCAUUUAAACGGCAUUUUGGAAGUUUAAACUCGGGCGCGAAAUAGAUCUCCGUUAUAUAUAGAGAAAUCCAGAAAUGUUUCCCCUUAAAAAAAAACAUAAUUUAUUUACGACUGAAGAAAGAAAGACAUGAACAGCUUGGAUGACAAGGGAGUGAGUACAUUAUCUGUAAAUGUUUUGUUCUGGAAGUGAACUAAUUUUUUAAGUCAGUCUCUAUUGUUGUCCCAGUUGAGUAUAAGUUACUUGAAUUGUGUUUUGUGUUCUGCAUUAAAAAAAGUUCAAUGUUUCAAUCAAGAAAAACAGUUUUUGCAAUUUACAUUCUUUAUUGUAAAAAUGGUUUCCCGACGCUCCUUAAUUUUUGUUCAUAGUUGACAUAAAGUUGAAA